AUGAUCUCACGCCCACUUCUGUUGCAGAUCAUCUUAUUCGGUGUCGCACUUACGACCACCAAAGCGGGUGGAGACCUCAGGGAACAGUCAAAUCUGGAUCUUUUCGGUUCUUCCUUAGAAGACGACGCUAAGGAGCUAGAAAAUAUAUUCAAAAGCGACGAUUCAGCUGAACAAAGGAAAUCCGAAGCUCCACAAACCGAGAAGGUCACGAACACGCCGAUUUCAUUCAUAAAAGUGACAGAAACCUCCAAAACUUCUCAGGACUCUUCAACUCAAGUCUUUAUCACAGCAUUAAACGAAAAUUCCACUCAGGCAAAUUCCGCAAACACAAUAAGAAGAGACACCUCAGAUACUGCAUCCACUAUGCCGUCAACGAAGCAUGGCGCUGCUGAUGAGGUGACUGUAACCAAAUCGCGACCGUCUACGCCAGCGGAAAAAGAUGAACUCCUCAGUGCCACGACCGAAACUUCUGAUUCAGAACUUUCUACAUCAGAUAUUCUCAUUACAGCAACUAUGGAUAUCACUCAGCGGGAAUCUACAGUCACACCGAGGGAAUACAUCUCAGGAUCUAUAUUCGCCACGUCAUCAGAAUCUACCAGUACACCAGCGGAACAGAGCUCAACGAUGAUGGAAGGAGUAAAUGCAACAAUGGUAUUACCGUCUGCAUCCACUGGAAAGGCUGAGCUUCUUGAAGUUACAACCAAAGCUUCUGAGCUUACAGAAUCCACUUCUCAAGGCGAUUUCACACAACCAAGCGAGGAAUCUACAACAAACUCCACAACAGCUUCUACAACGGAAAGAAGAGAAACGGAAGAUGCUGCGAGCAAGGCGUUUACUUUCACAAAGGGAACCUUGAGCACAACUACGCCCAAAGAGGUCACGUCGGCUGCGAUAACGAAGAGAGCCUUCUUGGAAAAUGACGACCCCAUCACAGAUGCGAGUACAGCAUUCUUAAGCACAGCAACAACGACUGUAUCCCCAAUCGCGGAAUCUACUUCUACGAUCACUUCGAAGCCUACAGUCACAAGUUCAAUUAUUCCUACUAUACUUCCAAGUACAGAGACGGACUACAGCCACGAUACUUCCACGCCAUCAACUAGUACCACAGUUCCUAGUAGUACCACCAGCACGCUACAAAAAUAUGCUGAAGAAGUACUGUCCUGUCACAUGUGGAUACUGCAAGUUGUGCAUCGAUCAAUUCAUGAACAGAAGAAAUAUCUGCACAAGCAGAAAGCAAUUUACGCUGCGGAUGUGUAA